GUUGAACCAGUCGCAUUGUGCACACAUCAACAACCAACUGGACUCGCAAUGAUGUGCGUACCAGUUCCUAAGAACUAAACAUAGCUGUGAACAACAUCUGAGGCUCUUUUACCUACCGUACACAACUUUUUCCUACAAUGGCUGGUCAGAAAGUUAGAGAAAUUUUCGUCUUGGUCCUGAUCAUCAUUUAUUUAAAAAAGGGUUGGACAUCCUCUCGACAGAGAAGACAAGAUAGUUAUAAUGGUCAACCAGCCGCUCAGGAGAGGAAGGAAAUGCCUCAGACGAUCAAACAUUAUGUCGAUGACAAACGGUCUUAUGGAAGGCCUGGAAAGAAGUCUAUCCCUGUUCAACGAAAACAUUGUGAAACUGUGUGCCCUGAAGGUUGGGUGUACGGGAACACAAAAUGUUUCCUGUUCGAGAACAGCCUCCAGGACAUUCCCUGGACAACUGCUCGUGACACCUGCAACGCCCUGGAAGCAGUCACAUUGUGCAACGGGAAGGCAGUGGAGCCAUCCCUGCUCGUCAUAGAAAGCAUUGAGGAGUACCAUCUUCUGAAGCGCAACGUGACCACUGACUUUGCGUGGGUGAACUGCAUCCUCAUUGAUAAAACUUUUGAAUGUUACACGGACAGGGCAGGGACAACUAGCGACUAUCGAAAUUGGGAUGAUAACCAACCUAAUUUACACCCAGGAAAGAGAUACGCGAUGGUGUAUAUGGCCAAUGGUAAAAUGCACGACCAUUUUAACAACAUGGAAUCAACGGCCACAGUCUGUCAGGUCAACGUACAUUGAUAGCUUUAUUUUCAAUUGGUCUAAUACCAAUUCGUCUAAUUAUCAACUCGUCUACUAUCAUUUGGUCUACCAUCAGUUCGUCCACUACCUACGUGGUCUACGUGUCAUUUCGUCCACUCACCAUUUCGUGUAAUAACCAUGUGGUCCAAUAGCCAUUUAGUCCACAUGCCAUUUGGUCGAAUUGUAUACAGUGUUAAUUGGGAGAAAUGAAUGUAAAGAAAAUGGGUACUAGACCAACUGGUUAUGAGACGAAAUUGUCCUGAAAGAACUGGUAAUGAUACAGAGUAAUUAUUGGACGACAUUUUUAUUGGAUUAAAUGGUUGCCAGACGAAAUGUCGAUGGACUGAAUGGCAUUAGAUGAAAUGAAGGUAGACCAUGUGAUGAGUGGACGAGUUGGCAUUAGACGACUUAGCAAUUUACUCUUUGAAACACCGGCCAUGAGAAAUAUUUAACAUAAAGAAAUAUCAUCUUAGAGAGAAUGGAACCACGUGUAUCUUUCUUGAACCAUUAAUGAGGGCAUUAUGGGGGUAGGAUUGGCUUUUAGGAAAUGGGUUUGUGUUGUUACUCUUUUCAGGCGUUUUUUCUAAAAACUUAGAGACUUUGAACGUAAAAAGGUAUAGAACAUGGCUAGAGAUUGGGUUUUAAUGCCAAUGACACCCCUUAAAAAUAUUACGAGGGAUUGUGUUGACCAGAGAGAAAAUGAUUGAAGUGAAACCUUGCAGAUGAAGCACUAAUCAAACUUAUCAAAUAAAACUACCAUUACAGAUAUAAAAUUGUAAAUUUUGGGGUUUGCAUCACGUGCAAAAUUCUGCAUUAUAAUUUUGCGCGCAAAGCGCGCCGAAAAUUUGUCUUUACCUCCUCUCGCCACCCAAAAUAUGGAGAGACAUUCCUGACUCUAAAUUAUAUGUUUUAUCAGUUUAGCCUCAAUCAGGAAGUAUAUAGCGACAGAACCAUUUCCCCAAAAAAUAUGUAUCCUAAAGAAAGACAAAAAUUCGGAGCGCUUUUUACAAAACACGGAUAUUAAGCUUAGAGUUAAAACUUUAAUUUUAUGGCAUUAGUAUUGGUAUAUUGGUGGCUAAAGUAUAUAGGGCGGUUAAUCUGAAAAAAAAAUACAAGGCAGUCAACUAUAUUGCAGGAGAUCAUGGACUUCUUAUACUCGCACUUUAAGAGAGCAUUAAUGUAUUGUGCAUUUAGAUGCUACUUUGCGAGGGAGCAUUUAGCGACCGAGCGAGAAAACUUUCGAAUUUGAGUAGUAAAAACUUUGAUUUCAGAGCACUUGACAACGUGAAUGGAAUACUACAUUAAUCAAUACAUAUAUACGCAUAUAGGACCUACAUACAGUGUAUAUAUCAAUUUUUUCUGGUAGUCAAAAAUUUGGGGCGGGGGCUUGAGCAAUUUUUUUUUUUUUUUUUUUUUGGGGGGGGGCUUCAGUCCCCAAAGCCCCCCUGUUGCACCCACAAAUGUAAUAACGCCCACAAAUGUAAUAACACUUUACCCACAAAUGUAUUAACGCCCACAAAUGUAAUAACCCUUUACCCACAAAUGUAAUAAUUUCACCCACAAAUGUUAUAAUGCACUUUACCCACAAAUGUAAUCAUUUUUGAUCGCCCACAAAAUUUAAUGUAAUAAUGACUUUACCUACAAAUGUAAUAAAUUUGAAGGGAUUUUUGGCGACUCCGUUCUAAACUAAAAUCCUAUAGUAAUGUGUUCAUAUAGCAUAAAAGUGCAAAGUCUUUUUUCCAGACCCGGUUGAUUAAAAAAAUAUAAGAUAAGUCCAUAUAUAUAAGAUUAUUCCUCAUUCACGCAUGAGUGAGCAAAAACAAUUUGAAGAAAGGAUACCAAAAACUCAUUUGGCGGGGGGUAUCUGAAUUUUGAAAAGAAAAUCAGAUGCCUAAAAAGUUCAAUAUCUGCUCUUUAAUUUGAUACCUUAAUCACAAAAAAUGGUCAAGAAGUAAAAAAGUUACGUUCCCUCGAAACAAUGCUUGUAUUUCCAUAAUUUCAUUAAAUAAACGUGUUUUCGCCGGGUUCCCACAGAAGCUAUCGCAUGGUUAACAAAAGACUUCAUGCAUGGCUGAUCGUCAACAAAACGGAGUGUCGAGUGAGUUUGAAUGCUAGCCUGUAAAACCUCUUCAUUUUAUGAAAUUAUUGAAAUUCAAGCCUUAUUUCAAAUAACCAGAACUUUGUUAUUUCUUGACCAUUUUCUGUAAUUGAGGUAUCAAAUUAAAGAGCAGAUAUUGAACUUUUUAGAAAUGUGAUUUCCUUUUUGAAACCCAGAUACAGCCCGCCAAAUGACUUUUUGGUAUCCCCUCUUCAAAUUGUUUUUGCUCACUCAUGCGUGAAUGAGAAAUAAUUUAAGUAAUUUCAGAUGAAAGAGGAGAUUCUAAGCUUUACAAUGGUAGGAUAUUUGUCUAUUGUAUUUGUGAUUAAGUUAUGAUAAAUCAUCGAUAAAUCUCGGUUUCGUUUUUUGUUGGACGCACUGUAUAUAUAUACAAAAACGUUUCAUUAUUUUCUUUAUUUAUAUCAUCAUUAUGAAGAAAUAAGUGAGAAGCAAAAACAAAUAUGGCAAUCGCUUUUUUCAGAUAGGCAAAAUAUUAGUAUGUUAUUGACAUCGUAAUUACGAUCAUUGCUUCUGUUUUAAUGUUAUUGGUCUAUUUUUUAUUCCUUAAUUUUACUGCUCUGUAAUAUGACACAAGAAAAAAACACAUGGAAUGAGUAAGAAAUUUUUAAAAUUUCAAUGUGUAGUUCAUGUUGAGCAGGAAAAUAAAUUAUUUUGGAUCCGACGAUAAUUUGUGGAGGCGGUUGCCCAUUGUUAAUUUCUUUUUUAAACUUCACCUUCCGUAUGGCAAGCCGUUUUAACAUUUAAGCCUAAUUUAAGCCUAAGAAUUACCAUUGCUUAACUACACAAAACCAUUUUUUUUAUAUCAAGAAUUCGAUUUCUUGAUAUCAAGAAAUGAAUUCUUGAUAUCGAGAAUUCGAUUACUUGAUAUCAAGAAUUCAUUUCUUGAUAUCUAAAAAUAGAAUUAUUGAUAUCAUGAAAUGAAUUCUUGAUAUCUCUUGAUUUUGAACGCAAGACUAUUGCAAGAAUUGUUUGGAUAUCGAGCACAAAGUAUUGCACAAAUGUUAAAUUUAUGUCAAGCUCAAAAGUUGUGCAGAAUUGAAAUUGAUACUUGAUUUCCAGCGCACAAGUAAUGCAGAAAUUUAUUCUGAUUUCUAACUCAAAACCAGUGCACGAUUAUACUGUGAUUCGAUUUCGAACUCAAAACUUGUGCACGAUUACAUUGUGAUUCGAUUUCGAACUCAAAACUUGUGCACGAUUACAUUGUGAUUCGAUUUCGAACUCAAAACCUGUGCACGAUUACAUUGUGAUUCGAUUUCGAACUCAAAACCUGUGCACGAUUACAUUGUGAUUUGAUUUCGAACUCAAAACUUGUGCACGAUUACAUUGUGAUUCGAUUUCGAACUCAAAACCUGUGCACGAUUACACUGUUAUUCGAUUUCGAACUCAAAAUUUGUGCACGAUUACAUUGUGUUUCGAUUUCGAACUCAAAACUUGUGCACGAUUACAUUGUGAUUUGAUUUCGAACUCAAAACUUGUGCACGAUUACAUUGUGAUUCGAUUUCGAACUCAAAACUUGCGCACGAUUACAUUGUGAUUCGAUUUCGAACUCAAAACUUGUGCACGAUUACAUUGUGAUUUGAUUUCGAACUCAAAACUUGUGCACGAUUACACUGUGAUUCGAUUUCGAACUCAAAACUUGUGCACAAUUACAUUGUGAUUCGAUUUCGAACUCAAAACUUGUGCACGAUUACAUUGUGAUUUGAUUUCGAACUCAAAACUUGUGCACGAUUACAAUGUGAUUCGAUUUCGAACUCAAAACUUGUGCACGAUUACAUUGUGAUUUGAUUUCGAACUCAAAACUUGUGCACGAUUACACUGUGAUUCGAUUUCGAACUCAAAACUUGUGCACGAUUACAUUGUGAUUUGAUUUCGAACUCAAAACUUGUGCACGAUUACAUUGUGAUUCGAUUUCGAACUCAAAACUUGUGCACGAUUACAUUGUGAUUCGAUUUCGAACUCAAAACCUGUGCACGAUUACAUUGUGAUUCAAUUUCGAACUCAAAACUUGUGCACGAUUACAUUGUGAUUUGAUUUCGAACUCAAAACUUGUGCACGAUUACACUGUGAUUCGAUUUCGAACUCAUAACUUGUGCACGAUUACAUUUUGAUUCGAUUUCGAACGAUUACAUUGUGAUUUGAUUUCGAACUCAAAACUUGUGCACGAUUACAUUUUGAUUCGAUUUCGAACUCAAAACUUGUGCACGAUUACAUUGUGAUUCGAUUUCGAACGAUUACAUUGUGAUUUGAUUUCGAACUCAAAACUUGUGCACGAUUACACUGUGAUUCGAUUUCGAACUCAAAACUUGUGCACGAUUACAUUGUGAUUCGAUUUCGAACUCAAAACUUGUGCACGAUUACAUUGUGAUUCAAUUUCGAACUCAAAACUUGUGCACGAUUACAUUGUGAUUUGAUUUCGAACUCAAAACUUGUGCACGAUUACACUGUGAUUCGAUUUCGAACUCAAAACUUGUGCACGAUUACAUUGUGAUUCGAUUUCGAACUCAAAACUUGUGCACGAUUACAUUGUGAUUCGAUUUCGAACUCAAAACUUGUGCACGAUUACACUGUGAUUCGAUUUCGAACUCAAAACUUGUGCACGAUUACAUUGUGAUUCGAUUUCGAACUCAAAACUUGUGCACGAUUACAUUGUGAUUCAAUUUCGAACUCAAAACUUGUGCACGAUUACAUUGUGAUUUGAUUUCGAACUCAAAACUUGUGCACGAUUACACUGUGAUUCGAUUUCGAACUCAAAACUUGUGCACGAUUACAUUGUGAUUCGAUUUCGAACUCAAAACUUGUGCACGAUUACAUUGUGAUUCGAUUUCGAACUCAAAACCUGUGCACGAUUACAUUGUGAUUCGAUUUCGAACGAUUACAUUGUGAUUUGAUUUCGAACUCAAAACUUGUGCACGAUUACACUGUGAUUCGAUUUCGAACUCAAAACUUGUGCACGAUUACAUUGUGAUUCGAUUUCGAACUCAAAACUUGUGCACGAUUACAUUGUGAUUCAAUUUCGAACUCAAAACUUGUGCACGAUUACAUUGUGAUUUGAUUUCGAACUCAAAACUUGUGCACGAUUACACUGUGAUUCGAUUUCGAACUCAUAACUUGUGCACGAUUACAUUUUGAUUCGAUUUCGAACUCAAAACUUGUGCACGAUUACAUUGUGAUUCGAUUUCGAACUCAAAACCUGUGCACGAUUACAUUGUGAUUCGAUUUCGAACUCAAAACUUGUGCACGAUUACAUUGUGAUUUGAUUUCGAACUCAAAACCUGUGCACGAUUACAUUGUGAUUCGAUUUCGAACUCAAAACUUGUGCACGAUUACAUUGUGAUUUGAUUUCGAACUCAAAACUUGUGCACGAUUGCAUUGUGAUUCGAUUUCGAACUCAAAACUUGUGCACGAUUACAUUGUGAUUCGAUUUCGAACUCAAAACCUGUGCACGAUUACAAUGUGAUUCGAUUUCGAACUCAAAACUUGUGCACGAUUACAUUGUGAUUUGAUUUCGAACUCAAAACUUGUGCACGAUUACACUGUGAUUCGAUUUCGAACUCAAAACUUGUGCACGAUUACAUUGUGAUUCGAUUUCGAACUCAAAACUUGUGCACGAUUACAUUGUGAUUUGAUUUCGAACUCAAAACCUGUGCACGAUUACACUGUUAUUCGAUUUCGAACUCAAAACUUGUGCACGAUUACAUUGUGAUUCGAUUUCGAACUCAAAACUUGUGCACGAUUACAUUGUGAUUCGAUUUCGAACUCAAAACUUGUGCACGAUUACAUUGUGAUUCGAUUUCGAACUCAAAACCUGUGCACGAUUACAUUGUGAUUCGAUUUCGAACUCAAAACUUGUGCACGAUUACACUGUGAUUCGAUUUCGAACUCAAAACUUGUGCACGAUUACAUUGUGAUUUGAUUUCGAACUCAAAACCUGUGCACGAUUACAUUGUGAUUCGAUUUCGAACUCAAAACUUGUGCACGAUUACAUUGUGAUUCGAUUUAAAAAGUUACCAGCCACCCCAAAAAACAACAAUCAGUCGCGCAAGAUUAAUUCUGAGAUUUUUCUUGGGUUUACUCAUACACUAAUUCCUAAGUUUUUAGAAAAUAUUUAACUUGUAAAACUUGAUCUCUAAUAAUUUGUGGAGGCGGUUUACCUUCCCGUACCUUCCCAUGAUUGCAAUCAAGUACUUGUGUGGGUACACAAGUACUUGAUUGCAAUCAUGGACUAGGCGAAAGCUUAAAAUAUAUGGACAAAACAAGGUUUGAAGUCCUGGGUACACUCAAGCAUGAGAUCUGCACAUCAUGCAAUCUUAGUGAAACUUCCAAGCAGUCCCCCCCCCCCCAAAAAAAAAAAAAAAAAAAAAAAAAAAAGUAUCAAAGAAAUUCUUAUAUCUGGAUUUCUAUUCAAAAUUGCAACUCGAAAUUUUGACAGUAAAAAAAAAGAGAAGAAUUACUCUUUCGGACAUGCUAUUUUCAUUGUUUUUGCUUUCCAAAUUGAUAUUUUUGGCGUUUUAAAAGAGAAACCUUCCUGGCGACUUAUUGUUGUUUUUUGGGUGGCUGUUCAUAAACUGAAUUAUGUUAUAAUUAUCAAAACAUGUACGAAAA